AUGGAGGUACUACAUAUUUUAGUGUUCGAUGAAGCACACUGGGGUAUUGCAAAAGAAAGUAAUAGCAAUAGAUUCUUCCAACGUUUAAGUCAACAAGUGACAGAACUUGUGAACAAUGGAAAGAAGCCGUCGCUUAUUAUCUUGCUAGUAUCUGCUACUAUCAAAGUGCUUACGCGAGCUAUGAAUGAAUUUCAAGAAAACGAACGACAUCGUGUCAAUUGGAGAGAUCUUCGUCUUAGUCAAACAGCGACUAUAAGACAACGAUUCGCUGCACCCAAUUAUACUGGUAUCAUGAAAUUAGUUGUUUAUAAUGAUGUACAUUCGAAUCUGAUCAGCAAAAAGAAUCUUGUCGACCGAUCAAGCUUCGUUGUAGAAGAAUAUUUAAGCACGCUACAUUAUUGGAAAGCGACUGUUUAUGAUGGAAACACACAAAAUGAUGAAUGGAAAACGAAUGGAUCAUGGCAACUGCUGAAGUAUUUACUGACUGAUGAUACUAAUAAAGAAAAAAUACAUGGAUUAUUUACAGCAGCUGAUUAUGCACCUGCUGGCAAUCACACAGCAUUGAUCCGUCUACAGCAAAUCAAAGAUGUGACUAGUUUAUACGAAGGUAUCAUGAAACUUUUUAAUGAAAUAAGGCAAAUACCCGGAGAAGCUGACUUCAGACCAUUCGAAUUGAUUCAACUCAAUAACGAUUGUAUUUGGGAUGAACUCAGUGACAAAGCUCGAAGACAUCCUUCCCUUCAGAAAGUUAGAAAUAAAUGCGUUAUAAAACAUCUUCACAGCUUGCCAUGUUUAAUUUUGGUUGUCGAUAAACUAGGCAUCGGCGAGCGCCUAUCAUCGAACUGCAUGGCUUAUGAUAUUCGAGCGCGCUACAAGGGAGAUCCAAACAACAUGGAUGGGCAAGAAUCGACAUUUGUUCAAGACGUUGGUCGAUGUGCCGGACAUAGUAAACCAAAAGCAUUGGUGUUGAUGGCUUUUAGUAGUACGAAUAAUGUAGACAAUCCUCAAAUGAAAGACAUUAUCUUUCCCAGGGUGCAUGGUCUGAUGACUAAGAAGAAUAACUUGACAAUUGAUCACCCCGAAAACGGUGCGGGCGUUUUCAGUGAACUAAAAUUAUUUAUGAUAAUUCUCGAAGCUGAACCACAGAUCGGAAAAACCGGAGCUAUCAUGGCACUACUCGACAUACUUUACUCGGAGCAUACCAAACAGUCUAAAUCAAUUUCACCAGUCUCACCUCCUGCUACAACUACGUCAUACAAUCCCAGCGACUUGCAGACAUGGACAAAAAAAUACUGUGAUAUCCUGAACAAAGAUUAUGACAUCAAUGUUAAUAUCGAACAGCUGAAAAACGUCUUCAACUCUGACAAUAAUUUUCAACGUUAUCAUGAGAUGCUCAAAGACUUACCAGAGAAAACGGAUCUGUCAGAGAAUAUUUUCACGAGCCUCGAAGGAGUUAUCAAUGGCUCCUCACAGAAAACACCGUGUAAAAUAAUUGAUUGUGGAUGUGGCUUAAAUGGCAUCUUUCAUACGUUGCUGGAGAGAUUAGAAGACAUCUCCCACGCUAUUCGCGUCAUUGGUAUCGAUCUACAUUCUGAUAUUUGUAAACAAGUUGACUUUGGUAAUUCAACAGUUAUGUUCCAGGCUAUUGUAGGCGACAUGGCUUCGAACGAUGAAGUAGUGAUCAAUAAUGAUCCAUAUGAUGCAGUGAUAUACAGCUUGUCUUUAUUCGAAAAUGAUAUUUCGCGGCACGUCGAAUGGACCAGUCAACGGCUUAGAACUAAUGGCCGUCUUAUCAUCGCUGAUGUCCAACGACGAUUUCCCGCUGACUUUGAAGAGAAUGUCAAAAAGGCAGGAUUUCGUCGCCAUAAACGGGAACGCAGACUCCGUUCCCGUUCUUUGGAACGGAACGCAAAAGUGACACCCCUAGCUUCCACACAGAAAACACCUUGUAAAAUAAUUGAUUGUGGAUGUGGCUUAAAUAGCACCUUUCAUACGUCGCUGGAGAGAUUAGAAGAAAUUUCCCACGCUAUUCGCGUCAUUGGUAUCGAUCUACAUUCUGAUAUCUGCGAGAUGACUUCGAACGAUGAAGUAGUGAUCAAUAAUGGUCCAUACGAUGCAGUGAUAUACAGCUUGUCUUUGUUCGAAAAUGAUAUUUCGCGGCACGUCGAAUGGACCAGUCAACGGCUUAGAACCAAUGGCCGUCUUAUCAUUGCUGAUGUCCAUCGACGAUUUCCCGCUGACUUUGAAGAGAAUGUCAAAAAGGCAGGAUCUAUUCGACAUAAUAAGUUUCAGACGAAAUCGUUCACUAUUUGGGUAUUCACAAAGAAGAAAGAAGUGUCACCGCAACCAUCUGUGUGUCUAAACCAAUACUGA